AUGGAAGACUGUUACAAGGAUAGGACUUCACUGAUGAAGGGCGCCAAGGACAUUGCCCGGGAGGUGAAGAAACAAACUGUAAAGAAGGUGAACCAGGCAGUGGACCGGGCCCAGGAUGAAUACACCCAGCGGUCUUAUAGUCGGUUCCAAGAUGAAGAAGAGGAUGAUGACUAUUACCCACCUGGAGAGACCUAUAAUGGGGAGGCCAAUGAUGAUGAAGGCUCCAGUGAAGCUACCGAGGGCCACGAUGAAGAUGAUGAAAUCUAUGAAGGGGAGUAUCAGGGCAUCCCCAGUAUGAACCAAGGGAAGGACAGCAUUGUGUCAGUGGGGCAGCCUAAGGGCGAUGUGCACAAGGACCGCCAGGAGCUGGAGUCAGAGAGGAAAGCUGAUGAGGAGGAACUAGCCCAGCAGUACGAGCUGAUAAUCCAAGAGUGUGGUCACGGCCGUUUCCAGUGGGCCCUUUUCUUUGUGCUGGGCAUGGCCCUUAUGGCGGAUGGUGUGGAGGUGUUUGUUGUUGGCUUCGUGUUGCCCAGCGCUGAGACAGACCUGUGCAUUCCAAAUUCAGGAUCCGGAUGGCUAGGCAGCAUAGUGUACCUCGGGAUGAUGGCAGGGGCUUUCUUCUGGGGAGGACUGGCAGACAAAGUGGGGAGGAAGCAGUCUCUUUUGAUCUGCAUGUCUAUCAACGGAUUUUUUGCCUUCCUUUCAUCCUUUGUCCAAGGUUAUGGAUUUUUUCUCUUCUGUCGCUUACUUUCUGGAUUCGGGAUUGGAGGAGCCAUUCCCACUGUGUUCUCUUACUUUGCUGAAGUGCUGGCCCGAGAGAAGCGGGGUGAGCAUCUGAGCUGGCUCUGCAUGUUCUGGAUGAUUGGUGGGAUCUACGCCUCUGCCAUGGCUUGGGCUAUCAUCCCGCAUUACGGAUGGAGCUUCAGCAUGGGAUCAGCCUACCAGUUUCAUAGUUGGCGUGUGUUUGUGAUAGUCUGUGCGCUCCCCUGUGUCUCCUCAGUGGUGGCCCUCACAUUCAUGCCUGAAAGCCCACGGUUCUUGUUAGAGGUUGGAAAACAUGAUGAAGCUUGGAUGAUUCUGAAGUUAAUUCAUGAUACAAACAUGAGAGCGCGGGGUCAGCCUGAGAAAGUAUUCUCGGUAAACAGAAUCAAAACCCCAAAACAAAUAGAUGAACUGAUUGAAAUUGAGAGUGACACAGGAACAUGGUACCGGAGGUGUUUUGUUCGGAUCCGGACAGAACUCUACGGAAUUUGGUUGACUUUUAUGAGAUGUUUCAACUACCCAGUCAGGGAUAAUACAAUAAAGCUUACAAUUGUUUGGUUCACCCUGUCCUUUGGAUACUAUGGAUUAUCUGUUUGGUUCCCUGAUGUCAUUAAACAUCUGCAGUCGAACGUGUUGCCAAUCGAAAAGAUAGAGAGAGAAAAAUUUUCAAAUUUCACUGUUAACUUGACAAUAGCAAAUGAGUUGCAUAUUGGAGCGGAAUACGACAAUGGCAGAUUUCUAGGGAUCAAGUUCAAAUCCGUAACUUUCAAAGAUUCAGUUUUUAAGGACUGCACCUUUAAGGAUGUGACUUCAGUCAACACCUACUUCAAGAACUGCACAUUUAUUGACACUGUUUUUGAUAACACAGAUUUUGAGCCAUAUAAAUUCAUUGAUAGCGAAUUUCACAACUGCUUGUUUUUUCACAACAAGACGGGAUGCCAGAUUACCUUUGAUGAUGACUAUAGUGCCUACUGGAUUUACUUUGUCAACUUCCUCGGGACACUGGCAGUGUUGCCAGGGAACAUCGUGUCUGCUCUCCUGAUGGACAGAAUUGGGCGCUUAACGAUGCUGGGUGGUUCUAUGGUGCUUUCAGGGAUCAGCUGUUUCUUCCUCUGGUUGGGCAGCAGUGAAUCCAUGAUGGUAGGCGUGCUGUGUCUGUAUAAUGGAUUGACCAUCUCGGCCUGGAACUCUCUUGAUGUGGUCACUGUGGAACUGUACCCCACAGACCGGAGGGCAACAGGCUUUGGCUUCUUGAACGCACUGUGCAAAGCAGCGGCCGUCCUUGGAAACUUAAUAUUCGGCUCCCUGGUCAGCUUCACCAAAUCAAUCCCCAUCCUGCUGGCCUCCACUGUGCUCGUGUGUGGAGGACUGGUGGGGUUGCGCCUGCCUGACACACGAACCCAGGUCCUGAUGUAAUGGGAAAAAAGCCAUCCGUCCUGCGUUUCUUUCUCCUGCCCUGUGUCAACACUCCUGACUCAAGGCUUCAGAUUUUUCAGAUACCAAAAUGUGGUGAAAUAUCAGAACACUAACCCUUGCCAUCACUAAAAUUUAUUUGCAUACCAUCCUGCCCCUUGUAUGUGAUUUUGCAGUUUUGUUCAUGCGUUGCUAUCUUUCCUGACUGGGAUGCUACCAGUGGAAGCAUUUUUUAAGUGCCCUCGUCAGCCAGGCCUCCCUGAGAUUCUGAUCACUGAAGGGUGAGAAGCCUUCGCUGCCCUAAGAAAUACAUCUUCUUUCUAAUUUAACAUCCACAGGAAAUAGAAGUUGGCAUAUUGUUGCAUUUGUGCUGAGGAGAGGGAUUCUUUUUUUUUUUUUUUUUUUUGUCCAAUCAGAGUGAUAUUUCCUGUUUACUUAGCAAAGGACACCCAGCACUUCUUGCUGUUCUAGCAGGGCCUUUCAAAGAAAACCAUGUGGCCCCAAACGGAGCUGGGUGGGGCUCUUUCGGGCAUGACAGUGAAGGUGACUCUGCUGACAAGAGAAAUAAAGGCCAUGCCGUUAGCAGCAAAGAUCUCAGUGAACUAACUACACAAGCAGGAUGUCUGCCCAGUUAAAGUCCUGAAAAAUAUGCGGGGAAGGAACCGCAGUACUGUCGGUGAUUAUGGUCCAGGACGUUAGAAAAUCAGAGGUCAGAGACAGAUCUUCUGCCUCUGUUUACCCCCAUCUCCUCCUUGCCCCCGCCCCAGCUGCCCUGUAUUUUGCCAGAUAGCAUAUGCAAAGAGAGAAAGCCACUUUCUACAAAACUGGAUCUGCCUGCCCGAUUCUGCCAUUUAUUCACACUGUCUCCACUGUAGAGAUUCACCCCUAGAGCCAUUUAGAAAUGCAAAAUGAUGUACCGCUUUUCUGAAGGACAGUGCCCACCCCCCACCCCCACUACCGCCUCCCAGUUGACAGUGGGCUUUCUAGCUGGCAGCAUGGACAGAAGUGGGUCUUCUUCCUCGAGCUUCCGCUGGCCAGUGUGUUCCCAGCCACCGCUCUGUGCGGAGUCCCAGCCUGCUUAGUCCACGGGGCCCCCUCUUGCAGACAUGGGCAGCAUCUCCUGGUGGUCUGGGGCUGCUCCUUUCACCGCUGGAAUCUGCCUGGGCCUGGAAGACAGAGGUCCGCAGGACAUUCCCACAGGCUCUCAGCUAUGUGACCUUCUCACCCCUCGGGGCUGCCCCUCCUCCAAGCUUGUCCUUUUUACCCAUCUUCUUUGAAAUCCGAAGCCUCCUGGUAGAUUCACAGCAGAGACCAGCAGCCAGGAAUAAAUCCCAUAUUAAAACAAUAUUCUUUUCUUUUUUUUUUUUAACUCCGCCUUGUUAAAGGGUUAUCCUUGUUACCUUUUAUGGCAUUUCUAGCAGGCCACAGCCCCAGGACUCCCCAUGCUGGGAAGGGAGAGCCUUUGUUUCCAAUAGCCAUUACAUUCAAAGACGGUCCUAACCCUGAAGGCUGUCUACCUAAUCAUUCCCCUUCCUAAUCGUUCUCCUGGAGCUCCAGAUAGCAGAGUGCAGACUCUGUGAAAAGCUUCUUUCAUUAAUGUAGCCAUUAAUCGACCACCCCUUGGAGUAAUUCAGGUCUGUAAAAAAGGGUAGUGUGGUGUUGGAGUCUGGCAGGAAUAGGUUGGUUCCCUGGGGAGGCCAGCUCAGGGCCCCAAACACCAGGAAAACUCAAACCCCAAAUGGCAAAGGUAGCAGGAAGAGGGAAAAUCAAUAAAGACUGGAUGAGAUCUCUUCAACUGAUACCAGCAAAGGAGGGAAAGAAACACAACUGACUCUCACUUCUGCCUCUGUAAUAUUGUAGAACAAAGAUUGCAUUCAGUCAACCCAGGAAGGUACCCUGUAUAUUUUUCUUCCAUAUGUAUUCAUUUCCCAUUGAUUUAUCUUCUCAAAAAGAGCCAUUGUGGAGACCUGAGUAGGGCUUUUUUAGUUGAAUACGGCAUGUUUAGUAACAACUGCCAAAGUAAGAUGUGUAUCUUCAUCAACCCAUUCCAAAGAGAGAAAUGUGCAUGGAUGUCACUAUCUCUCGUCUUCCAUGAUAGUGAACUUUGCUUACUGGACUAUCUUCCAGAAAUGUCUUCAAUGUCUGUUGUAUCCCUAAAUGUGUAAAAUAUCUCCCAAGCUACAGAGCACGGCAGGUGUAGAGUUUUAUAUGAUAGCUGGUUGGGUCAGCAUGAGGUAAACCAGCAGAACCCCCAUUUCAUGAGACCUGACACCACGCAUCCCUUUCAGAAGGGCCUUUCUUGGCCUUCCUGUCACCUGAUCCAAGCCUCCCAGGUGGCCCAAGAGGGAUCUAUUCUAAUCUCCUGGACAGUCUGCGGUCACAAACCUUCUUGGUCACCACCUUUCCCACCUUUCAGAGAAAAUGCAAGUUUUCUCUGCCUCCCUUGCAUUGUUCCCAUCACCUUGAUUUUCUCUGAGAGAGCUCAAGUUGUUCACGAAGUAUGUGGCAUGGCCUGUCUGGCUUGUUCUAGGGUUAGCUGGAUUAAGAUAGAGACACAUGAUUAAACAGAAGCUCAGCCCUAUCAAUAUAGCAGGCUGCUGGCACUGGGACCUGCAACCAGCAUCUUAUUUCAUCCACAGAAGGAAAACGGGAGUAUGUGCCAAAAGGAACGCCUAGGGAACAGUUCCACUUUCUCCUAUAUUUUUGACUCCUUUUCUAUCUAAAAUGUUCUCACUGGAAUCAAUCUAGAAUGCUAAACCCAUCAGCCAGGGAUCACCUUACACCCAGAGUACUGACCCAGGGAGAGAAGACAGAUGGGUCCCGGCUUCUUCUCAAUGCUGGAUUCAUCUUCACAAGCACCAAAUAGGUUUAGUUUAGAAAUAGAAAAAUUAGCAAAUGGGCAAGCUGUUUGGGAAGCCCCUAGGAAUAGGCCAGAGAAUAUAGUUCCCAUAUUGUCUGUGCGGCCAGCUUCCUAGGACUCUCAGCGUUAUUUCCACUCAGUGCUGGUUUGACAGUUAUCAUUGCCUGGUCAGGAAAGAGACCCACCGGCAGAUGGACACGGUUAGAAGAUGCGCUGAUCAAAAUGCUAGCCCAGAGUCUGUCUCCUAUAGCUCUCCUGACUCCUUAUUCCCUUUUAUUGUUGAAACAGGAAGGCCUAGGCCUGCAGAAACUGAGUUUUUAAUUGGUAUCACCUAAGUUAGUAGAGGCACCUUCAUUUACAAAUCUCACCAAAUCAGACUUCAGAUGUGCAACCAAAACCUGCUUUGUUGCUUUUCUGAGUGUCUUUAGAUAUGAUGGGAGAAGUGGGGAAAGAAAUGUAGUGACAGAGGGAGAGUCCAAGGUGUCGCUGAGAAGUUCUAGUGAAAGGAGUAUGAGACAGUAAGAGAGGGAUUAAGAGGGAGUAAGAGAAAGUUGAGACUUUCUAAACCCUGGGAUCAUUUCAGAGCCAUUUCAUGGGAGUACCUAUUGAUUCCUCCUGCCAACCAAAAUAGAAUAUGAUAGUCUCCAAUGUUUCUAUUUAAUAUCACAAUGGCCUUUAUCUAUUUCUUUACCUCUUCAUGCACUAAAGGCUCUGAAGCUGGAAAUGUCUUACUUUGGCUUUUACCUGGUAUCAUAGAAAGACAAGUGGUCGGUUGUUAAGGUGCAUAUUGGCUGUGUGUUUUGUUUUCCUUUAACCCCAUGUCAUGCUGAACCUAGUCCAGUGAUCAAACCUACAGAAACACCAGUUAUGUGGCAACAACGAAAAGAAACCUACCCCACAGGGCACUCUGAAAUGAGCUACACAUUUCUUACAGUGUUUGUUUUCUGCCAAACACAGUACAUUUUGAGGAAACUUUCCUCACGAUCUGUGUAGUGUAGACAAAAGAAAACUGUCAGUAUCUCCUAGACAUACGUGUUUCUUUAUUGUUGCAGAUACGGAGUGCCAGUUCUCCAUGUAAUGUUCUUUUGCUCCAAAUAUUGACCAUUCCCCUUAUCGACAGUGUCUCACCAACCAGACACAGCCAUUGCCAGGGUCUCUUUCUCCACCAAUACCUACAUCCAUCUUAGUAAUCCUAGGCUUCUGAGUUGCAAGGGUCUGGUUCAUAGGUCUGUUUAGGGCCUUGAUUAGGGUCAGCAAGGGUGGGUGGGGCAAAGAGCUGGGCAGAGCAUUCACUGGUCUCUUGUCAUCUCAUGUGAUUAUUCAAUAUGUGUUUACGGAGCACUUCCCAUGUCCUAGGUGGACUUAUUGUGCUUCACGUGGACAGUUAACCCUUUGCUGGACUUAAAUGAAGGCAGAGGAAAUGGGAGUGAAAGAGAAAACGUCUGUAAUGGGAUCUCAUAUUGAUCCCCGUAACACGUUGAAGUGCUCUCCCCGUAAACAUAGCUUGUUGUUUUUCCAGAUUUAAAAGGGGUAGCCUAUGGUGGGCAGUAGAGGAACGACUCAGAAAUUGGGACUAUCACUGACAGGAGGAGAAAGCCCCUCAUUUUCUUGGGCUCUGUCAGAGGAACUACCAAGUAAUACUUGGGAAAUGAGAGAAAUGGAGGCACACCUGGUCUUUCUCUAAACGUCUCCACACAAAAUCACACUAAAGUAUUACCGAAGGAAAAGAAUCUGCAGCAAAGAUAGCCCCGUCUUCAUAGAGAUGUUGGUUUUUCUUCGGAGGAAUUCUUUUUAUGGUUUGAAAGGAGAGGUGGGGGCUGGGAGGUCUGCUCCAGAGCAGACAGUGCUGGAGUCUUCUCUCCAGAGCGGAGUCAGCACAUCCCUCGGCUGUGGCCACACCCCCUUCCCGAGGUGUUUCCUUUCUGAUUUUGAAGACCUGUAACUGUGUCAGCUGCCUUUGCAGAUAUGCCAGAGCAGCUCCCCCCACCCCUCCAACCCUUGGCAGAUAAACCACCCAGAGAACAGGUUCUGACAGUUAGGGACAGGAGAGUUUUAGAUUUCAGUUUGAGUUAAACCAGUGCAUAGUUGUUGCAAAAUGUCUUGAAACUGCAAGGACUUUGGGGUUCUGGACCCCGAGGGGAGGCAGAGUGGGGAGUAGUUGUUGGUGACCGGCCCCCUCCCCUCUGGGAGCCCUUAUUUCCUUUUUCACCCCCUAACCCUCUCCUCCUUCCCUCUUCCAGGAGUACAUACUCACUUCCUUUCUUCCCCAUCUAUUCUUCUUCCCCUCGCCUCCUGUUGUCACCUCUCGACUCCAGCAGUGUACAAAGGCAAGGCCCAGCUUUACUGGUGCACUUGGGGCUAAAGAUUGUGCCCAUCCAUGCCUCUGGUGGUGGCCCAAUGGGUGAAGAAGGUGUUGAAUGGGAGGGGGUCCAAGGGGUAUAAGCUCUAGACUGUUGGUUUUGACACAGCUCCCUGUAGUGGGAUAGAUUGCCAGCUGCUGCUCAGGUCCUGUGCAGGAUUAGCUGGGUACCACUAGCGUGGAGUGUGAGAGAGGCUCGUCUCUGGGCCAGAAGUCUGAGAGCUUGGCAUCUGACUCCUGAAAGACGAGGCAGCCUGCAGAGAGGUUCUCGGAAUUCAUUGACCUGUGGGAGGGAGACGCACCCCUCUGUGCCUGCACUGGGUCUUCUUGGUGCUGAAGGCUGGGUGCUUUCUCUUCAGAAUUACAUGCUGACAUUGCAGAGGCUGUCCCCUCCCUGCUUACGCCACCAUGUCCAUGCUCCCCUUGCAGCCAAGAGUGUCCAAAACUAGAGGAAGGAGAAAGCAGCCCUCAGCCCUCUCUUCAGAGGGAGUUGAACACCAGGCUAGCAGCCUACCCUGGAAGCAGGGGUGCGGAGUGGCUGGCAGAGCCUGCUCACAGGGACCAAAGUCCUCCGAAGCCCGUGACGUGUCGGGGCAGGCUCAAACCAGUUCCGCAGAGCCAAUCCUUUCAGGAAUUUUGGGAGCGGGGUGAGAAACACAGACAUUACUGAAAAUUAUGUAAACUUACACUUAGAUAAUAAAUAUGCAAAACUCAUCACUUUCUAAUGAGUUUGCUACACUUAGAAUUAUCCAUGCCCUUGAGGUCAUAUAUGCCUGUUGGAUCUGUAGAGUAGAAAUACCGUAUAUGGGCGUGCUACUGCACACUCUCCCCAACUCCAGGUUCAGUAACAUCACGUUUGUGGCUUGAAAUUGGCCAGGGUAGGAGUGUUUACACCACAGAAAUCUACCCCCAAGGCUACAGAUCACUCUGUUAAUCAUUCGCCUACCUACCGUUCUACCUAAAGCCCUGAAUUGCAUAGCCUCCCGCUGCCUUGACCCAGGCCACCCCAAAUUGGAGCCUGUCGAUUUGUGGGGCAGGAUUGCCCCUGCACCCGAGGGAAGGAAAGACAUGGCGAGCUCAACCUCAUGUCAAUUCACAAAGGGUUUCUUUCUGCAUUUGCCUUGACUCCGAAUAGGACCCACAGUGCCCAGAAUCCACUGCUUCCUAUGAGGAUUGCUCCUUCGGGGAGAAUGUAUAGUCAAUUGGCUGUUUCAUGCUGUGCAAACAAAACUGAACUCAUUUGAAGAUGCACAUUGUCUCCCCUUUCACGCCCAAGUAGAUGUCCAAGAAGGAAACUCGUUGCUUGCCUUUGACAUUCACCAGGCCUGCCUAGGUAGAACUGGAUAGAUUUGCUUAAUCUCACUUCCACCACUAUUAUUAUACAUUUAUUGGGCCGAAUCUAUGUCCUAAAUCAAACAGAAGAAAAACAAAAUGUUCUUCCUUGAUAUGUGCUUUUAUAACAUCUAAACUGUGGUUAUGUAUCCUCACCCUGACCCAGGAACAUAUUGAAUAGAUCUUGAGUCCUUCACUAGUGUCUAGAUACUGUAAAUAAAGUUCUGCAAGAGUCUUUUUCUUUCAGGUAAACCUUCGUUUUGGACACAUGCAAAACCCACGAUCCACUGUCCUUUGUAGAGAGAUCUUGGCAGUGGUCCUGUCCUUGGUUUUGGCGUCUGGGUGUUUUGUUCUCUCUUGUUUCUUUCCUGUUUUCACCGCUCUGUAAGACUUCCUGCUAUGGAGUUCCAGUUACCCCAAUUCUACUGUAUAUAUGUGCUGCAUGUGUGAACCCCAAUAAAUUCUGUUUCAGGUUUCUGGAGUUGCCAUCUUCAGUACAGCUGGUCCUGUUGCGAACUCAUCUCUCUGGUAUGCUCCUCUGUGUCUGAUUCCCAAUUGCCAAAAUGUUUGACCAAGUAUGUUUUAACAAAUGUCCCGAGACAUCCAUGCGUAUCCUUGUGAAAGGGCAUGCUCUGUGUGGGGUGACUCGUGUACAGCAUAAAUCUAUCAGAUGUGGAAGUGUGUAUACAUUUCUAUGCCAGAUACGUCACAUUCAUGUAACAGCUGCAAAGAUAUUUAAUGUACAUUGGAUUGUUAAUAAAAGAGCAUUUUUUGCUCCAUUAUAUUCAAAUAAGGA